GUUUUUAAUCAUGAAAACAAGUUAAUAUAUGAAGGUGAUGUCUGCCCCAAACAUGUUGCAUGUGGAAACGACAGAGAACAUCUUUGUGGAGUGUCAAGACUGUACAGGGGGAGACAUACAGGUUUACAUCAACGUGAGGAACCAUCCAACCAAGGCCAGGAAGCUGGUGACCACAUCUGUGACCCUUAACAGUGCAAAUCACUUCCAGGCAUUCGGUCAAAUAAAGAUCCCCGCUGAAGAGUUUAGCAGGGAUCCCACUGUGAAGCAGUAUGUCAACCUGCAAGCUCAGUUUCCUGACUACCUGCUGGAGAAAGUCGUCCUUGUGUCCUUCCAGUCCGGCCACAUCUUCAUCGAGACUGACAAGAGCCUCUACACCCCCGGCAGUAAAGUUCUUUACAGGAUGUUUGCAGUGACACCUCGCAUGGAGCCCAUUGAGAGUGAUGGAAACAAUCAUGAGGAUUCUUCCAUUGACAUUGAGAUUAUGACCCCUGAAGGAAUCACUUUACCUGUUGAGUCAGUCCCUCCAAAAUCAGGGAUCCACGCUGGUGUUUUCCCACUUGGUGAAGUUAUCAGUCUUGGAGUCUGGAAAGUGGUGGCCAAAUUCCACAAGAACCCACAGCAGAGCUACACUGCAGAGUUUGAGGUCAAGGAAUAUGUUUCAUUUAGAUUUCCAGCGCUGCCGAGUUUUGAGGUGAAGUUGAUGCCUGAGAGCUCCUUCUUCUAUAAGGACAGUCCAGAGCUCACUGUCAACAUCAAAGCUACGUAUCUGUCUGGUGAAGAUGUGUCUGGCACAGCACAAGGGAUAUUUGGGGUUGUGCUUGAAGGUCAGAAGAGGAGCUUUCCAGACUCUGUUCAGAGAGUAGCGGUUGAAAAUGGUGCUGGAGUGGUCAAACUGACGAGGGAACACAUCACACAGACCUUCCAAAAUAUCGACAACCUUGUGGGGAGUUCCAUAUUUGUAGCAGUCAGUGUGCUGGCAGAGAGUGGUAGUGAAAUGGUGGAGGCAGAGUUGAGAGGCAUCCAGAUCGUUACAUACCCCUACACCAUUCACUUCAAGAGAACGCCCAAAUAUUUCAAACCAGGAAUGCCUAUCGAUGUUUCGAUUAAAGUUGUGAAUCCAGAUGAAACUCCAGCACAAGGUGUUGCUGUGGUGGUGAGUCCAGGUGAUGUGAGGGCUUUGACUGCAGCUGAUGGCCUUGCAAAGCUUCCCAUCAAUACAGAGGCACGAGCAUCAGAUCUGAGAAUCACUGCAAAGACCAGUGAUCCUCGUAUUUCACCAGAAAGACAAGCAUCAGCCACCAUGGUAGCUCUUCCAUAUAAAAGCAUAAGCAACAGCUACAUCCACAUCGACAUAGGUGUGUAUACAGCAGAGCUUGAGUUAGGAGACAAUCUGAAGAUCAACCUCUACUUGAACAGGCCGUCAAAUCAAGACACUGAUAUCACAUACCUGAUCCUGAGCAGAGGUCAGUUGAUCCAACAUGGCCGUUACAGGACAAGAGGACAAGUAAUGAUUUCGCCUAUCGUUCCCAUCACCAAAGACAUGCUGCCAUCAUUCCGCAUCAUAGCCUACUACCAUCCAAAUGACAAUGAAGUGGUAUCAGACUCUGUCUGGUUGGAUGUCAAGGACUCCUGCAUGGGCUCGCUGAGGUUAGAAACAUCGAGACCUGCUGCGUCCUUUGAGCCUCGAAGGAUGUUUGGUCUGAAGGUUACUGGAGAUCCAGGAGCCACAGUUCUACUAUUUGACAAUAAGUUGAAUAACCAACACCGCCUCACCCAGAAAAAGGUGUGGGACAUUGUGGAGAAAUAUGACACAGGCUGCACCCCUGGUGGAGGAAAGGAUGGUAUGAAUGUGUUCUACGAUGCUGGGCUGUUGUUUGAGUCCAGCACAGCUUCUGGAACUCCUUACAGACAAGAACGAAAAUGUCCAGCCCCCAGCAGGAGAAGACAAACCACCAGCUUAAGUGAGCUUGAAGACGACAGUUACAUGGACAGCAAUGAGAUAGUGUCUCGCACUCAGUUCCCUGAAAGUUGGCUGUGGACAGACAUCGUUCUGCCCUCUUGUCCUCAACACACACCCAACUGUGCAACCUCAUCAUUGAUGAAAAACUUUCCUUUACCAGACUCAAUCACAACCUGGCAGUUCAUUGGCAUUAGUCUGUCAAGAACCCACGGAAUCUGUGUCAGUGAGCCGUUAGAAGUGAUUGUUAGGAAGGACUUCUUCAUUGACCUUAUACUGCCCUACUCUGCUGUCCGUGGAGAGGAGCUACAAAUUAAGGCAAUCCUCCACAACUACACCCCCGAUCUUAUCACUGUGCGUGUGGAUCUGGUUGAGACGGAGCAUGUGUGCAGUGCAGCAUCUAAACAUUCACUAUAUCGUCAGAAGGUCAGAGUCGGGCCCCUGAGUACACGAUCAGUUCCCUUCAUCAUUAUACCCAUGACGUACGGACAAUUCAGCAUUGAGGUCAAAGCAGCCGUGAAGGACUCGUCGCUCAGUGAUGGAGUCAUGAAGAUGCUGCGGGUGAUGCCUGAAGGUGUACUUAUUAAGUCUGUACAGACUAUAAUUCUAGACCCUACACACAAAGGUACCGGAGGUAAACAAGAAGUCAUCCUCAAUAGUGGAAUUCCAAUGAAAGACUGGGUUCCUAACACACCUACAAGCACACAGAUUUCUGUGACAGGGAGUGAAGUUGGUCCAUUGGUGGAAAAUGUGAUUAGUGGGAAAUUGAUGGGCUCAUUGAUCCAGCAGCCACACGGCUGUGGAGAGCAGAACCUGGCCCGCAUGAGUCUACCUGUCAUCACAACCAUGUAUUUGGACAAAACUAACCAGUGGGAAACUGUGGGCUUUCAGAAACGAAAUGAAGCCCUCCAGCAUAUCAAGACUGGCUACAAGAAUGAGCUCACCUUCCAGAAACAAGAUGGAUCUUUUGCAGUGUGGACCAGGACUAAAAGUAGCACCUGGCUCACAGCUUAUGUGGUCAAGGUGUUUGCCAUGUCCUCCAACCUGGUGGAAAUGCAGAAGAAUGCAAUCUGUGACGCUGUCAAGUUUCUGAUUCUCAAGGCACAGCAACCUGAUGGCAUGUUCAGAGAAGUCAGAAGGGUGAUCCACAGAGAGAUGAUUAGUGAUAUGCGAGGCUCAGAUUCAGAUGCCUCCAUGACGGCCUUCUGCCUCAUCGCCAUGCAGGAGUCACGCAAGCUAUGUGCUGACACAGUUAGUAGUCUGCCUGGAAGUAUUGACAAAGCCGUGGCCUACCUGGAGAAGCGUUUGCCCAGACUCACCAACCCAUAUGCUGUAACCAUGUCAUCAUACGCUCUGGCCAACCAAGACAAACUGAACAGAGAGAUCCUGUACAAGUUUGCUUCCCCAGAGUUGUCCCACUGGAAUGUUCCUAAAGGACGUGAUUAUACAUUAGAGGCCACAGCUUAUGCUCUUCUUGCUCUGGUCAAAGCCAAGGCCUUUGAAGAUGCUAGACCUAUUGUGAGAUGGUUCAACAAACAGCAGCAGGAUGGUGGAGGCUAUGGCUCAACUCAGGCUACGAUGAUAGUGUACCAGGCUGUAGCAGAAUACUGGGCCAGUGCUCAAGAACCAGAGUAUGAUCUGAAUGUGGACAUCCAUUUGCCUGGCAGGCCCAAGCCAGAGAAGAUCAACUUCAACAGGAACAAUCACCACACGACCAGAACAUCAAAAUUCAAUGAUAUAAACCAGGAUGUUAAAGUGACUGCGACAGGAACUGGAGAAGCAACACUGAAGAUGGUGUCACAGUAUUACGCUCUGCCGACUGAAAACGAGAGUGACUGUCAGAAGUUUAACUUGUCAGUGGAGCUUAUUCCAGAGAAAAUGUAUGAGGAUGAGGUGAUAUACAAACUGAGAAUAGAAGUCUUAUAUAAGGACAAGGAUCACGAUGCAACUAUGUCAAUCUUGGAUAUUGGCUUACUAACCGGCUUCACUGUCAACACAAAUGACCUGGACUUAUUGGCCAAAGGACGCGCCCGUACCAUUGCAAAAUAUGAGAUGGACACAGUUCUGUCAGAGAGAGGUUCACUGAUCAUCUACCUGGACAAGGUUUCUCACACACGAUCAGAGGAGAUCACUUUUAGGAUCCACCAGACUCUGAAAGUGGGCGUCAUGCAACCAGCGGCUGUAUCUGUCUAUGAAUAUUAUGACCAAACACAAUGUGUGAAAUUCUACCAUCCAGAGAGGAACGAUGGGCAGCUGCUGAGGCUCUGUAGAAAUGAAGAAUGCACAUGUGCUGAAGAGAACUGCAGCAUGCAGAAGAAGGGUAAAAUCAGCAGUGAUUUACGCACAGCUAAACCCUGUGAGAGUACACCUGACACCAAAAUAGAUUUUGUUUACAAAGUGAGAGUGGAAGAAUUCACAGAUGGUUUGUCCACUGAUAUUUACACAAUGCGGAUAAUGGAAGUGAUCAAAGAAGGAAAUUAUGACGUUGGUCCCCAGGGUAAACUACGUGCAUUCCUCAGUUACCCUCACUGCAGGGAGGCUUUAGAUCUGGGUAAAGGGAAAACGUAUCUCAUCAUGGGCACAUCAGAGGAUAUUCACAAGGACCAAUCGUAUCAGUAUGUGCUCGGUGAGAGAACCUGGAUCGAGUACUGGCCCACAGACGCAGAGUGUCAAAAGGAUGAACACAGGCCAACAUGUUUGGGCUUGGAGGAGAUGGCCACGCGGUACACUCUCUUUGGAUGUCUACUCUAGUACAACAGCAGAAAAUCCACUUUGUUUUGUUUUACACUAGACAACAUGCACCACAUAUUGGACAUCGCACCCAAGGACCCUCAUACACCACUGACACUCAGUUCCACACUCCACUGUACAUUUACUUUGUAUUUUGUUUAAAUAAAUGUGGCUUAUUUUCACAUCACAAGUGCCGUUUACGGUUUACCUGUGUUUUGUUGUGGCCCUGGAGCCAGUCGUAACAUAUGCAAAACUGUUCUAAAAUGUAAGAGAUUGAAAGGUUAUUCUGUGUGGAAUAAACCAUAAAUCCUUA